AUGGUUUCUGAUUCUUCUGAUGAGGAAGUAAUCACUAAGAGGCAGCCUAUAAAAAUCAAACCGCGAACGUUUCUACCAAAACCUCGACGCGUAGUAACAAAUGGUUCACCGACCAAUACUUCCGCUUCAGUAACACAAAGUCCAAGUGAAACCGUCGAACCACUGGAAAUUCGUCCAAACGCUUAUAAUGAUGACGACGACGAUAUAUUUUUUACGCGAAAUACUACCUUUUCACGAAAAAUGACCUCCAAAAAAUCAAGUUUAGAUGCGGAAGAACGUAAGAAAAUCAGGAUAAAUCCAGAUGAGAAUAUAAGAUUCGACAGUCAGGAAGAUUCUUUAACACCACCACCUGAAAUUAGUCAUUAUCUGCUCCAAUCUACUCUUGCUCCUUUACAUGCGGCUCUUUCACAGUUUUCAAGAACGAUACGUUCUGAUGGUAAUGAUAUCGGUUCACCUAUUGCAGCUUCCGUAUUACAGGAUGAUAUAGAGCUGGAUCCUGAACUCUUAGCUAUCCAACAAUCUAUCAAACAGAAGAAAAGAAAUUCAAUUCAAUCUGUUGAUACCAAAGUUGAAAUUUUGGUAAAGCCUAAACAUCAUCUUUGCUCGUCGAUAUCCGGCGAGGAUGGGGUUAUACCUGAUUAUGAAAAACCUAUAAAAUUCAUUCUAAAUACAGAGGACACUUUUGAGCAAUUAAUCUCCCAUCUAUGUUCCAAAAGAGGAAUUCCUAAACCAGACUUAGUAUUGACUUACAAGAAUGUUAAGGUUUUUCCUCGCGGAACCCCAUCAAGUUUGGGCAUGUCCGGACUUGUUCAUUUGGAGGCCUUUACUAAAGAAUCGUACAUGCAUUUUAAAGUACAGCAAAAAUUUGAGAGGAAACGAUUGUUCGAUGGACUUUAUAAUGAAUUGAUGGAUAACGAUAAUAAUACAUCAGUAAACUCUAGUCGAGAGACGAUAGACAUUGAAACUAUUGAUGAAAUAAGAACUAUAAUAAAUGAAGAAGAAAAUUAUAUUUAUCUCAAGGUUCAAUGUCAAGAUGAAACCGUUGAAAAACUUAAGUCUCUCACAGUACAGGCUGUUAUCGAACGGUAUAAAAAGAUUAAAGACAUUUCGGGGAAUGUUGCUAUUAAAUUGGUAUUUGAAGAUGAGGUAUUGUUACCUGAUGACAAAUUAAUAGAUACAGAUUUGGAAGAUGGUGAUAUGCUAUCCGUUAAAAUUAUUUAA